AUGGACCCAGAAAAGGCUUCUGCAACCCGCCAAGGCGAUCACUUCGCACCCGAGCCAGACUAUAGCGGCUAUGACUACCCGCUACCGAGCAAGACGGAGAGUGCGGCCCACGACGGCGCGGCCGCGGCCGUAGGCAACGACUUGAUUCCAUCCGUCUCGAACGCUGUCGCCGGCGCAAGCGGCAAAAACUAUAAUCAGCACCGCAGCGAUUUCAACAAAAACGCUCACAGCAAGCAAGGCGGGGGCGCGGGUGAUACCGACGACGACUACAUCCACCGCACGGAUACCGUGGGGGCCUCGACGACCGCGGAGGAAGAGACGUACCCUGAGGGCGGGCUCCGGGCGUGGUCCGUCGUCCUGGGGUCCUGGCUGGCGCUGUUCUCGGCCCUGGGUAUCAUGAACAGCAUCGCCGUCUUCCAGACCUACGUCGCGACGCACCAGCUAAAGGAGUAUAGAGAGGGAACCAUUGGGUGGAUCUUUUCCGUGUAUACCUUCCUCUGCUUCUUUGGGGGCAUCUACAUUGGGCCGGUGUUUGAUCAGUACGGCCCGCGAUGGCUCGUUCUGGUCGGGACGGUGUGCCUUGUUAUCGGCGUCAUGCUGCUGAGCAUCUGCACAGUAUACUGGCACUUCAUGCUCGCCUUCGGCAUCCUCUGCGGCCUCGGCAGCUCCCUCGUCUUCACACCCUCCAUCGCAGCCGUAGGCCACUGGUUCAAGCGCCGCCGCGGCUUCGCGACGGGUAUGGCCUCCACCGGCGGCUCCAUUGGCGGCAUCGUCUUCCCACUCAUGAUGAAGUCUCUCUUCCCCCGCAUCGGCUGGGGUUGGACCAUCCGCGCCGUCGGCUUCAUCUGUCUCCUCCUCUGCGGCGCCUCCAAUUUUCUGAUACGCUCACGCCUCCCGCCCGCCCGUAACGCGAGCCCGCACCCGGACCCGCGCAUCUUCCGCAGCGCCGCCUUCAGCCUCACGACGGCGGGCAUCUUCCUCAUGGAGUUUGCGCUCUUCAUCCCGCUGACGUACAUCUCGAGCUACGCACUCAGCGAAGGGUUCGGCGAGUCCUUUGCGUUUUCCAUCCUGCCGAUCCUCAAUGCCGGCAGCGUGCUCGGCAGGGCGCUGCCCGGUUGGUGGGCGGAUAAGGCUGGCCCGUUCAACAGCAACAUGGCCGCCAUUGUGCUCUCCGUGAUUGCGUGUCUGGCGGUCUGGCUGCCUGCGGGUUCGACGACGGCGGGCGUGGUGGUGUUUGCUGUGCUGUUUGGGUUUGCGAGCGGGAACAAUAUUAGCAUCAGCCCCGUGUGCGUCGGACGGCUGUGCAAGACGCAGCACUACGGCCGGUACUAUUCGACGACGUAUACUGCUGUCUCUAUUGCGUGUUUAAUCGGUAUCCCCAUUGGUGGCGAGAUUGUCACGGCGACGGGUGGCAAGUACUGGGGUCUCAUCAUCUUCACCGGGCUGAUUUAUGUUCUGGCCCUGGUGGCGCUCAUGGCUGCAAAGUUUGUGUGCGUUGGGAAGAAUAUUUGGAGCAAUUUUUAG